UUCCAUCCAUAGUGUCGCAUCCACCACCAACCUUUCAUUCAGAUUAUGGCUUUUUUUCCCUUCCCUCUUCUUCUCACUGGUUGAUAUGUUGAGGAUAACUAGUACCAACAUCUACCCAAAGUGUGGUAUGAUUGGAAUUUCAGAUUUGCCCCGGCGGCAUAUGAAAUCCACAAAAUGGACUUCUACUCGUUUACCUGCAUUUACAAGCAUACAUAACCUCAAUGGAAAAAGAUUUGUAUAUAAGAUGUCAUCUGAAGCUCUUUUUGAAAAAGGAAGCAAUGUCGUCACCAAUGGACAACUGCAAAAUUGUCCAUUGUCGUCAUAUGAAAUGGCCAUGGAAAAACUUUCAUCUCUUAUUACUCGCCAAAGGCGUGGGGAGAAGCCACCGGUCCCUAACAAAUUAGAAAGGAUGUCGAUGUAUCUUAAGAUACUGGAUUUGGAAGAAGACAUAAAUAGGCUCAGUAUCAUUCAUGUGGCAGGCACAAAGGGGAAGGGCUCAACAUGCAUAUUCUGUGAGGCAAUCAUAAGGGAGUGUGGCUUUCGGACUGGAGUUUUCACAUCCCCCCACUUAAUUGACGUGCGUGAACGGUUUCGUAUAGAUGGGAUUGACAUAUCUGAAGAUAAGUUUUUACAGUAUUUCUGGGAUUGUUGGAACCAAUUGGAGGAAAAUACAACAGAGCAGCUUCCAAUGCCCCCAUUGUUUCAGUUUCUUACUAUAUUGGCCUUCAAAAUAUUUAUAUCUGAAAAGGUUGAUGCUGCCAUUCUAGAAGUUGGUCUUGGAGGCAAAGAAGACUCAACAAAUGUGAUUAAAGAACCUACUGUGUGCGGCAUUACUUCUCUUGGGAUGGAUCAUACUGAGAUAUUGGGAGAUACUCUUGGGCUGAUAGCUUCGCACAAGGCAGGGAUUUUUAAGCCUAAAGUUCCUGCCUUCACAGUACCCCAACCUCCUGAAGCAAUGGAUGUUAUCCUUGAGAGGGCCAAAGAACUCAUGGUUCCGCUGGAAGUCUGUGAACCUAUUGAUUGUAAACAAUUGAAGGGAUUAAAGCUUCGUUUAUCUGGUGAUCACCAGUUCUAUAAUGCUGCUCUUGCAAUCUCACUUUCUAGAUGCUGGCUGCAGAAAACAGGAAACUGGGAAAUUGUUUUUCAAAAUGAUUUUCAGAAUUCUUAUUUGCCAGAUGAAUUUAUUAGAGGCCUUUCAACUGCUCAUUUUUCUGGGAGGGCUCAGAUUGUUUAUGACUCUUCUCCAAAAUCUGACAGCUCAGAAACCGUGUCCAAAAAUUGUGGAGAGUUGAUAUUUUAUUUGGAUGGAGCUCAUAGUCCAGAAAGCAUGGAGGCUUGUGCAAAGUGGUUCUCUACUGCAGUAAGCGGAUAUAAAACUCCAUCUCUUUCAUCUUCUUGUGUAGAAAAUGCAGAGGAAUCUUCAGAAAAUGGUCAUAUCCUACAAGAAAGCAAGAGCUUGGGGCAAUUUGAGAAAUCUUUUAGGCGGAUUCUUCUAUUCAAUUGCUUAGAUGUGAGAAGUCCUCAAAUUUUACUUCCUCGGCUAGUGAAUACAUGUGCUUCUUCAGGUAUUCAUUUCUCAGGGGCACUUUUUGUCCCGAGUAUGUCAAAGUAUACUAAGGUUACUUCUGGUGCAUCAGUUAUUCCCUCUGAUCUCCGUGGCAUUGACCUAUCAUGGCAGUUCAACCUCCAAAGAAUUUGGGAGAAGAUUAUGCAUGGGAAAGAAAUGACCACUAUGCUUGAAAAGGAUUUUGAGAAAGAUGGCAAGAUCUUACCACCUUAUGAAUUUCUUUAUGAUAAUGCUUCAAAUGGCUGCCCUUCCCAUGAUCAUUUUGUGCGCAGUGCAGUAAUACCUUCGUUGCCAUUGACAAUAAAAUGGGUAAGGGACUGUGUUAAGGAACACCCAUCCACAAGACUUCAGGUUCUUGUCACUGGUUCUCUGCAUUUGGUUGGAGAUGUACUAAAGCUCUUGAAAAGAUGAUUUAAAUUGAAGAAUAAAAGGGUCUGCCUGAAGUGAAUUGGGUUUGAAACUUUCAUUGAAGCAACAAAAAUGCUAUUAUUUCAAUUAUUUCAGCAAAGAGUUCAUAUGUCUGCUCAAUGGUAUCUUUCUUUUGAAAUAUGAGAAAUUAUACUUGCAC